CUCACCAAAACACCCGUCCCUCAUCCAUGUUUAUUUAAACUCAAACUUAUCCAUUUCCCUUAACCAAGCUCCUCCCAUUCGACCCUACCACUUGUUGUUGCAGGAUCACAAAAGGAUCUGGUUUUCAUGGGACGAUUACCCUGUUGCGAGAAAUCACAUACCAACAAAGGCGCGUGGACCAAGGAAGAAGACGACCGCCUCAUUCAUUAUAUCCGUGUCCAUGGCGAAGGUUCUUGGCGUUCCCUACCCAAAGCUGCCGGGCUGCUUAGGUGUGGUAAAAGUUGCAGGUUAAGAUGGAUGAACUACCUGAGACCUGAUCUUAAGAGAGGGAAUUUCAGUGAAGAUGAAGAUCAACUUAUCAUCAAGCUUCACAGUUUACUUGGAAACAAAUGGUCUUUGAUUGCCGGGAGAUUACCGGGAAGAACAGAUAACGAGAUCAAGAACUACUGGAACACACACAUCAAAAGAAAGCUUGUGAGUGAAGGAAUCGAUCCCCAAACGCAUCGUCCUCUCAACGAAACCUCCAAUAAAAGCGGCGCCGCCAAAGCCAACCCCACCGCACCCACCGAAUUGGAUUUUAGAAACGCGCCCACGGUUGCCAAAACCAUUUCCGUCACACCCAUACCUCUGGAUUUCAAAUACGGCGAGUUCCGAGUGAAGGUCAAGUCCGAGUCCAACUGUACUCGCAGUGGCGCGAGUACAGCUGAAGAACAACGGCACGAGUUAAAUUUGGAGCUUUCGAUUGGGACUAGGUCAGUUGGAAAGAACUCGGCCUGCUCGGCCGAGUCAAAACGGAAGGUAGAUUUCGACAACGAGUUCCGGUUCGCCGGAGAAGCUAUGGUGGUGGCAAAGCCUGAGCCGGUCUGUUUGUGUUGGCAAUUAGGUUUUCAAAGAAGUGAAAAUUGUGGGAACUGUGAGAAUUCAAAUGGACUGUCUAGAUAUUAUAGUUAUAGAGCUUUGAGUUCAUAGGGGUCAAUU